AGGGAGACGCGGGAGAGAAGGCGAUGUCGUCUGCGAAAGCCCCCCAUCCAGACCUCUUCACGUGCUUCCUGUCUGUCCCAGGUUCAGAUCAACAUUAGCGGAGCUUUUCAGUGGCGGUGCGUAUGCUGAAGUACACGAUGAUAUCUUUCUGAAUGGAAGCGAUUUACGAUUUCGCGGAUACAGUGUGAGUGUUUUGAGUUUUCUCAAAGGAGAGGGAUCAUGAGUUCCUGUGGCGAGAGCACUAUGGAUAAUACAGACAACACAUCAUUUGGGCCUUUGUCUCCUGCUACCCCGAUCGUCACAGCUGGAGAUUCCGGCUGACCAAGCGGUCUAACCACCAGAGCCUUGGUUGUUUUUGAAAGAUCUGAAAUAGCGGACAUUACUAGCUAUGUGAACAUUUCUAUGGGCUUAAAAGGGUUUUCCAAAGAGCUUACUUAGAAGAAAGAAAAAACCCAAACACCUGCUUGUAAAAAAAUCAGCUACAAAAAAAAAUUUUAAAAAAAUAAAGAGAUCGAAGCCGGACGACAAUGCCACUUUGCCAUUUAAAGGUAGACAGCCAUUACCGUAUUUCAGAAUCGUGCCUUGUCAGCUGGGUCCUAAUUGUGAAUGUUUGCUGUAGUUUUGUUUGAUCAAGGGACGCUUUAUCGCGACUAACACGAGUCAUAAUUUCAUGUGAACAAUUGAGAAAAUAGACGAGGAACAAAUGUUGAUGAAAACAGAAAAUAAGAACCCCCAACGUGUUGGGACAUAUCAUGAUCAUUCAAGUAAGCAGUCACUCAACUCUUGCUGUGUGACUUUCCACCUCCUUCAUAAUUUCGGUGUGCUAGGUCAAUAGCCCAAGUUUUAUGCCCGCCAACCGUGAGCGAAAACAAUAACCCCCACCCCCCACAAAAAAAAGAAAAAAAAAAGCAUAAUGUAUAAUGUCUUAGCGCUUUUUUCCUACUGAGACCGAGAUUGUGCUUAACGCUGUUCUGGAGAAUUUAGAUCUUUUAAAACUUCUAACUCCUUGUUAUCCACGUGACGUAGACAGCACAAUGCGUGUCUCCGCGGCGUUCCUUCUUGUAUUUCUCUCGGCUCUCCCUGGGUUCCGUCCUGGGGACGUAACUGUACAGGCCUUCGGGCCUGCCACGGCCGGCCACCGCUACCCACAACACCCCGCCGGAGGAGACGACGACCCGCUGGACGUCGCCAGUGACCUUGACCCUCGUUUUCUCUACACCGAUGACCUCAACGACCCGCUGGCGGAUCUCCGAGACGUCUACGGCCAGCCCGACUACCCGAUGGGCGUGCCAGAGGUGGGCGCCCAUGGCGACAUCUUGAACGGUUUUUCUCUCGUGUCGGGUUUCGACGUCGGUCUCAAUGGUUACCAUGGCAACGUGAUGGCGGCGGUCUCCUGCCCGGAGAAGUGUCUGUGUACCGGCACCAGCGUGGACUGCUCUGGGCAGAACCUGACAGCCGUGCCCAAGGGAAUAAGUCCUCUCACAACUGGCCUGGACUUGAGCAUGAACAACUUACAAAAGCUGCCGGAGGAUACCUUCAAGGAAAUGACCAGCCUGCGAGAAUUACGAUGUGUGGGGAACAACCUGACUCGUCUUCCCAAGAAGCUUUUCAAGUACAACACAUUCCUGCAAUUGUUGUAAGUAUUACUGUACAAAUUAAAAACUCUUUUCAAAGGUACCUGGAGGUGUCAUGUCUGACUCAGAGGUUGAGGUGUAAUGACCCUCCAUCUUUCACGGUCACGAGCUGCAGUUGCACAUUCUGCCAUAUCCAGGCCAGUUCGUGUUCUUAUGUUAUUCGUCCAUAUUAUUCUUUGUCUUCCCCUGGCUCUCCUGUCCCACAUCUUUCCUUCAAGCACCUCUUUCA